AUGACCUCCCUUGACCGGAGAUACAGUGCCUACCUCGAACAGACAAGACAACCUAAACUAUACGCUAUCUUAAUCACCUUUACCGUUCUCAGCACCCUAGCCGUUAUUCUUCGCUUCGUCUCCCGCUACAUUGGCGGCGUUGGCUUUCGUCGCGAGUGUGUCUUGAUUUUAGUGGGAUGGGCAAUAUUCAUGUGCUUCAUCGGGAUCGGGAUAGGCGAUAUUGUCAACAGUGGCCUCGGCCUACAUGAAGCCCGCGUCAGUGACGAGAUGUUGGAAAGUUGGGCCAAAUACCUCCUCGGUUUCGUCUAUCUCUAUCUCCUCGGCACCGCCUUCCCCAAACUCUCCGUUUUGAGUCUAUAUCUUUCCAUCUUCACCAGACAACGGGUGCCUCGCAUCAUUUGCUACGUUACCGGCACGCUGAUCAUCUGCAAUGUGAUUGCGUUCGCGGGGGCCACCUCCGCCCUCUGCAUUCCUCUCCGCGCCUUCUGGGAUGACAAAGUCCAUGGUCACUGUUUCGAUGUGAACAAUUUGCUCCGUUAUCUCCGUUUCGUCAACAUCGUCUCCGAUGUUGUAGUACUAUGUUUUCCCAUUCCGCAUGUGAUUCACUUGCAGGCUCCGAAGCGAUUAAAGGUCGGGUUAUUUAUAACUUGUGCUAUGGGAAGUUGUGGCCUCGUCGCUAGCAUCAUAUCCCUCUUCGAAUUCUUCACCACCAAUGCCACCACCGAUAACACCUGGACCGGCGCGCUAUUAGUCAUCUGGGCUGCCGUCGAGAUUGGCAUGUACAUCAUCGCCGCGUGUAUGAUUUCAUACCAACCUCUCGUCAAGUUUCUGUGGAGGAAGCUUCACCAGCGAGCGAAGGGUAAUAGCAAUGAUGCUUCGUUGACAGGCACUAGUAUGGAGGGGAGCGGAGCCCGGUGGACCCACAACAAGUACCGGGAUCAGUCCUCACUGGGAGAUGAAGAAGCGAUGGAAUUAGUUUCCGUGGCGGAGAUGGAUAUUGUUUCGAGACCCCCACCGACUGCAAAGGGGAUUAUGGUUACGAGUCGAAUUACAGUUGAGUAGGGGGGUAAUUUGGAUGGGAAUGCGACAUGAGGGGCGUUUGGCGAAUG